GUCUAGUAAAUGGAGGUAUGGUGGGCCGGUAAACCAUACCUCCACCAACCCACCAUGCACCUCCCUACCAUCCUCGUCCUCAGCAUCAAUCAUCUGACCAUGGAACCGAGGCUUCAUCGUCGAAAUGGCGGAUAUUUUGUGUCUCGAUACUAGCAGCAGCGAUGAACAUGAUUUAACCCCAAAUUACACAAAAGCGAAGCAGAACAGAAAUGCCACAAAGAAAACUCCAAUUGCAAUCGAUGGUGACGUACAAAGUGCUGUUAUUACCUCAGACUCUGUCCCGUUAAUGCCUAUCCAAGUUGAAACGGUCCCAAAGGUUACGAAGAAGAAUUCGACCAGCAGCAGCGAUUCAGACUCAAACUCGCAACCUGUUGUCAAAAAGAAGAGAGCAACACGGCGAUUCCGCCACACUGCGCCUGCUCAAUCGUCCGAACCCAGUGAAGACAUCUCUGCCAAGGCCUCUAUCUACAGUCACAGAGUUGAUGAUUGCUUUUCGGCAUUUCAUUAUGGGAAUGCCUUGUCAAAUGACACUGUGAAAAACCAACUUGUUGAUCUUUCAGAUGAUGAUGACACAGAAAAGCAGGAGGUAAUUUCGGCCAUCACCAAAAAGGCCAACACCACUCCAAAACGUGAGAAGCGGCGCAUGAAGAUGAGGUCAUCGCCUCUAGAUAAAACUGAUGGAGACUACAUCAUCAUAGAUAGCCAAGAAUCGCCUGAGAGGACAUUGCCAUCACAACCAACUUGUUCACCUUCACCUCCCCCUCGACCACCAACAUACUACCCAAAUGUAAAAAAAAAAAGGCCUACAAAAGCCAUUAAAACUGCUUUAGCCAACUUGAACCGUGCCAAAUCGCAAUUAGCGAACACUUCCUUGGUAACCUGUGGUGAUGAUUCCUUUUUGUUUGCGGCUACACCGGAGAGGGACCCUGACAUUGUUGUUAAAGUUCGCAGUCGCUCUGGUGUGCAUCGAUUCCCAAUGAAAAAACGUGAUAUCUUCUCGACUGUGAUAACCCAACUGGCUGACAUUGAAAAUGUUCCUGAGGCGCAUUGCAUCUUAUAUUUGAAAGACACUACCAUCGAACCAUUCCAAACAUUGUCGAGUUCAGGAAUAACAAUUGCUGAUAUUCUACAGUGCUGUGUCCAAGGUGAAGUACCUGAUGUGGCACUAGAGAAUGACUCUUUUGAUGAGGACGACGACCAGAUCACAGUUCGAGUGCAAAGUGCUGACAAAAAAAUAACAAGUUUGAUUAGGAUAAAAAAGAAUGAGGCCUUACAGAAAGUAAUGCAUUACUUUGCCCAGGAAAGGAAACUUGAUCUGAAAAAGUUACGGUUCGAAUUUGAUGGAGAGACAUUGAAAGGAUCAGAAACACCAGAGGAUUUAGAAAUGGAGGACGGAGAUUGUGUAGACGCAAUAUUUUUAUAGCACUAGGUAGAGUUGAUGGUGAAAACAUUCACCUGUACAUAGAGACAAUAGCAUAAUAUACUACCCAGUGAUGUAUGUUGAUUCUUGAUAGUGACAAUUCAUUCCAAAGGCAACUAUGUGGAAAGAGAUGAGCUGGAACUGUGUUUAUUUUAUACUUCCAGAGGGGCAUUUAAACUGUUCAUACCUUCGCCCUAGAGUUCAACAUUGUGACUCAGAUGGUUUGGGGGAGUCACUGAGGGUGAAACUAUAAAAUAACCAGACAAGUUUUGUAAAUAGAAUGACGAAAUGUCAGAUGCGAUUUUUUAUUUUAUUACAAAUGUAUAAUUCCAAACUUUAUAAAAAACAUAAUACUAUGUUAGGCAAUGUUAUGUGGUUAAUAAAACCAACAAGUAAUAAUGAUCUUUUAUUCAUUGCUAUGUGUAGUACCUAACAUGGAGCUCACCAUUAGUGAAUUUCCCCAUCAUGUCUCCUGUAACCUUCACCUUUUGUUGACUGCUCGGUGGAGAAGGUUGUGACAAUGUCCUGCCCCUUAUCGACUGUGCUGUGAUUGUGUCCUUUGCCAAAUAAACAAUGUGGUUGUGA